CUUAAAGACCGAUGAUGUAGUUGGAAAAAAACGUCCGAUCAGCGGAGGAAGAGGACGAGCGUCUUGCGGGAGGACAGGUGAAUCACCAUGACAACAGAGCCAGGUGAGCCACAGGAAGGCCAGUCCAAAGAGAUUGAAGCUGCCGCCCACUCCACACCUAAACAGGGAAGGGAGGUCGGACCCCCCCAGACUAAAGAUCAGAGCUUAUUGGCUGAGGACUCAACCAGUCAAUUGUCAUCAAGCAGUCGGAUCAGUCCGGCCAGGAACCCAUUGAGUUUCAGGAUGAUUCAGGCGAGGGUGACCCUGCUAGAUGGCUCGCUGUUCAUCUGCACCAUAGAGAAGCGAGCCCGUGGUCUGCAGCUGUUCGAGAAGGUCUGUGAACACAUCAACCUGCUGGAGAGAGACUAUUUUGCUCUGUCCUUCAGAGACAGUGACAACAACAAGAACUGGCUGGACCCAGCAAAGGAGAUGAAGAAGCAGGUCAGAGGCGUUCCUUGGAACCUCUCCUUUAAUGUGAAGUUUUACCCUCCAAACCCUGUCCAGCUCUUUGAGGACAUCACCAGGUACUUCCUGUGUCUCCAGCUAAGACAGGAUAUCAUUUCCGGUCGUCUUCCUUGUUCGUUUGCAACACACACCGUCCUCGGCUCCUACACUGUUCAAUCAGAGCUUGGAGACUAUGACCCUGAUGAGUGUGGUUCCAACUACAUCAGCAAUCUUUGUUUUGCUCCAAAUCAAUCCAAAGAGAUGGAGGAGAAGAUCAUGGAGCUGCACAAAACUCACAGAGGAAUGACCCCAGCUGAAGCUGAGAUGCAUUUCCUGGAAAACGUAAAGAAGCUUUCCAUGUAUGGAGUCGACCUUCAUCACGCAAAGGACUCAGAGGGUGUGGCCAUCAUGCUGGGCGUGUGCAAUAGUGGCCUGCUGGUCUACAGAGACCGACUGAGGAUCAACAGAUUCUCAUGGCCAAAGAUCCUGAAGAUUUCCUACAAAAGAAACAACUUCUACAUCAAGAUCCGACCUGGAGAGUUUGACCAGUUUGAAUCUACGAUUGGUUUUAAGCUGGUGAAUCACAGAGCAGCAAAGAGACUGUGGAAGGUUUGCGUGGAGCAUCACUCUUUUUUCAGACUGGUGUCUCCAGAAGAACCCCCUAAGAAGUUUCUGUCUUUGGGUUCUAAGUUUCGAUACAGCGGUCGGACACAAAUUCAGAGUCGCAGAGCCAGCGCUCAGAUAUCCAGACCUGCGCCGCAUUUCCCACGAUGCAUCAGCAAGAGGAACAUGCUGAGCCGCAGCCUGGACGGAGCUCCGAGGUCCACACCCAGCUCCUCUCUGAUUGGCUCUCCAGAAUUCACAGUGACCUCCAAAUCCAACGGAGUUGCACAAACAGAUAUGGGCUCUGGGCUGUAUGCAGCUUCUAAAGCCAUUGCUGUCAGUGACCUCAUCACCAUGGUAACACCUGAGAGAAGGAUGGAGGAGAGGAGGGAGUAUCAAGUUGAAGAGGUGCUGGUGGUGGAGGCGGAGGCUCAGCAGGUGAUGGAGCUGGUUCAGGAGGAACAGCAACAGCAGCAGCGCAGCAGGAGGAGGAGGAGGGAGGAGGAGGAGGAGAUCAGAGUGACAGACAUUUCACAGCAGAGCCCUCCAACUCUUCAAAAGCAGGACACCAAGACUGAGCUGACUGACACAGCUGUGGACGGAGACCUGACAGCGACUGAGUCUGAUCAGGAUGAAGAUUUGAAAACUCAGGAGGCACUGGGGAGUCCUGAAGAGGUGCAGAAACCUCAGAGUACUGUCAGUGCUCUGAGACGCUCCUUCUUAGAGGAAGGAGGUGUGGGAGGGGGGCUGACAGAGUGGGAGAAACGUCUGGCCUCUUCACCUGUGCGACAAGUUGAUGACUUCCCAAUGAUUGAGCCUCUGGAGCCUGAGGAGGCCCUGACAGUGGACAACAGCUCUUCAGAGGAGGGUGGGGUUGUAAUAAAGGAAGCUCUUCAGCCAGUCAGAAAGAAGAGCUACACUGUAGGGCGGAGCUACGAUACCACCUCUGGUAGGGUCGUUACCAUGACGACCAUGGAUGACACCUCAGAUAUUGCUCUAACAACCAGUACUGAGACAGGUGUUGUCACAGGGGGGCUGUUGAUCACAAUUCAGGAAGUGAAGACACCAAGCUCACCAUCAGAAAACAUCUGUGAUGUUGUCUGUGAGACUAGAGGAGCCAGGGCGCAAACUCUAGACCUUGGUCUGGGGGGAACAUCUGUGAUGUCCCCUCUGGACCCCUUACACCUUCCUAAAUCACCUUUGGAUGAGCUGAGCCUAAGUCCUGGCAGGAAGUCGCCCUCCACAGCCAGAGUGCCUAAACCUACAUUUGAUGAAAUGUCUCCUGAACUGACCGCUCUGCUGAAGUCGGCCAGAGAACAAAAGACUUUCAGACACAACCUGCUUAAGACACCAGAAAAUGUGGAAAAGCUGUUCCUGAUGACGGAGUCAGAUGACCAGGACCAGCCAACAGUGGACCAGCCUCAGGAGGUCCCAGUGGUGAGGAGGACUCUCACAUAUGAAGCUCCAGGGAGCCGGGUGGAUUCUGACUCUCCUUCAGGUCUACUGUUGAGCUCCCAGACCUUCACUGCAGAGACCAGCACCACCACCACCACCAAGAUGAUAAAAGGGGAAAUUUCACAAUCCAGAAUCGAAAAGAGAAUUGUUAUUUCUGGGGACACUGAAAUUGACCAUGACCAGGCCCUGGCAGCAGCAAUCAGUGAGGCACAGCGGGAGCAUCCUGAGCUGUCUGUCACUCAGGUCGUCGUCCAUAAAGAAACUGAGGUCUCUUCUGAUCCUGUGAUUGAUUAGUGACAUCACAGGUAACAGGGAGGAUCUGGCCCUGCCCUUACAGGUGGAGUCUCAGGUUGGAUGCAGGUCAGCUGAUUGGUGCAUGGCAGCAUUCAUUAUAUUGUUUUUGCAUGUUUUACAUGUGUCUGAGUCCAGACUCAGUGAGGAGAGACAAACAUAGAAAGAUGCUCAGAGAAGCUCAGGUCUCAUUAGUUGGAAGCAGAA